AUGGCGGAUUAUCACUUUGUAUACAAGGACAUCGAGGGAACGACGACUCAAUGGGACGAUAUACAAAGAAAACUGGGGAAUUUACCUCCAAAGCCUGCUCCUUUCAAACCCCCUCCCUUCACUCCCUCGGAAGACGAGAGUUCAAAACCCAAGGACAAGGCCUGGCUCGACAACAAAACCGAAGAAGACCUUGAGGACCUCGAAGAUGAUCCCAAUCUUGACGAUGACCGGUUCCUUGAAGAAUAUAGAAAGAAAAGGUUGGCGGAGAUGAGAGAGGCUGCUAGGAUUGCAAGGUUCGGAUCUGUGAUUCCGAUAUCAGGAGCUGAUUUUGUUCGAGAGGUUUCACAGGCUGCAUCGGACGUUUGGGUCGUUGUGUGUUUGUACAAAGAAGGAAUUCCAGAAUGUGGGAUACUCUUACGGUGCCUGGAAGAACUAGCUACAAGAUAUCCAGCAACAAAAUUCGUCAAAAUAAUAUCCACAGAUUGCAUUCCGAACUACCCAGAUCGUAAUGUUCCUACUAUCUUGGUUUACAAUAACAGUGCUGUCAAAGCAACUUAUGUAGGCUUGCAUCAUUUCGGGCGGAGAUGCACGCCUGAAGGUGUUGCACUAGUUCUCUGCCAAUCAGAUCCUGUACUGAACGAUGGCCAGAGUGCAAGUGAAUCAUCUAGAGAUGCUGUCAUUGAUGGAGUUCGAAAGAGGUUUAUAGAGAAGGUUGUAACCGAGCACGAAGAUGAAGAUGAUGACAGGUAUUCUAGUGAUUAG